AUGAAAGAAAGGAACCUUAUUCUUGCUAUUGAUGUUGGGACAACAAACUGCAAGGCAGCUGUGAUCAACAAGUCUGGUCAGAUUCUUAAACUUGCAGUUAAACCAGUUUCUCUUAUCUCACCGUGGAAAGGCUGGUUCGAAAUAUGUCCCAACAAACUAUGGUCUGACAUUUGUUGCUUAAUUCGUACUGUUUCCGCAAACUUCAAGGAUCAGAUUCUCACAUUUGGAAUAUCUGUCCAAAGAAAUACUUUUAUCACUUGGAAUAAAGUUACUGGGGAAUAUUUGCACAAUUUUAUCACUUGGAUGGACAAACGGUCCAGUAAAAUGUGCUCUGAAUGGAAUGAUGGUUACCUAAAAAAUAUGGCACAGUGGGUAACUUGGAUUUUGGGAUCUCUUUGUGGCUCUCAUCGUAUGUUGUGUGCAUCAACAUUUAGUGUGAAAGAUAAUGCUAUUCCAAUGCGUCUUAAAUGGGUGAUAACGAAUAACAAGAAAGCUGCACAACUUUUGAAAAGUAAAGAACUCUGCUUUGGCACAAUUGAAACAUGGCUUAUAUGGAAACUGACAAGAGGUAGAACAUGGGCUACAGAAUUCAGUUGUGCUAGUUCUACUGGCAUCUUUGAUAUUUGGAGUCAGUCAUGGAGUUCACUUAUGACAUAUCUGUUUGGAAUCCCAGUUGAGAUGUUACCAGAUGUAAAACCCUCCAACGCAAACUUUGGAAAAGUCGACAAAAGCCUGGGCUUUGGUUUCUCAGUUCCUAUAACUGGCGUUCUGGGUGAUCAGCAAGCUUCAAUAUUUGGAAAUUUGCUCUAUGAUGUUGGCAAUGUAAAACUAACAUUAGGAACAAUUAUAUCUUGUAACAUAAAUACAGGGCGUGAAACACACCCUACUUCUAACACUAUAUAUCCUUUGAUUGGCUGGAAAUUGAAGGGAGAGGAGCCAUUCUUUAUAGCUGAAUUUUUUGCUGGUAAUGGUGGAAAAGCACUUGAUUGGACAGUGACUUCUGGACUAGUAAAGAGCAUCAGCGAAAUUGAUUCAGUGGCCAGGCAAGUUCCAAACUCAGAUGGUGUGAUAUUCGUUCCUGCUUUCAAUGGAGUAGAGGUCCCACUAAAAGAUGCCUUUGCUGAAACCUCCCUUUGUGGAAUUACAUUUAACACAAAAACAAGUCACAUUGUGCGAGCAGUUCUUGAAUCUCAAGUAUUCUUAAGUUGUCAUGUAUUAAAAUUCAUAUUCCAGUAUUACAGUAAGCCACCAGAAAUUGUAGUAGAUGGUGGCAUAAGUCGUUCUUCCUUUAUUUUAGAGUCUCUAGUGCAGUUAUCGUCAGUAAAUGUUCAGAAAUCUGAAUGUGUGGACGGAAGUCUAAUAGGAGCAGCUCUUCUUGCAGGGUUAGGAGCAGGCCUUUAUCAAUCUUUGACCGAUAUUAAGUCUUCUGUUAUGCUUGAUUUUAAACUAAUCACUCAGGAUUCAAAAUUUGCAGAUGAUCAAAUGAGAGAUAACCAUGAAAAAUGGCAUAUUUCAGUUGACAAAUGUGUUCACUGGUCUAACAGAUUAGCAUAG